AUGUUACCAUCAAAUGUAAAAGAUAUUUACAGAAGAACUAGUCAUUUGUCAUUCAAUUUUUCCUUAGAAUCAUCACAACAGAUUCUAAUUUCUCUGUCUCAAACAGCAGAUAGGAUUCGAACAAUUCUUUUGCCUGGCCAACAAUUGGUAGAUAUUGUACGAAGAGAAGGUUUGGAAUUAAUUGUUUCGAAUUUCAAGUUCUUACGUACUUUGGAUCUUCAUUGCUCAGGGAUAAAUACAUUGCCAAAUUCCAUAGGAAAAUUGACGCAUCUAAGGUAUCUCGGUCUCUCUGAUACAAAAAUCAAGGCAUUGCCUAAUUCUAUUACCCAGUUACAGAACUUGCAGACUCUGAAGCUCUCUGGGUUGUAUGAAUUCAAAGAAUUUCCAAGAGAUAUGAAAAAAUUAGUAAGCCUCAGGCACCUUAAGUUUGUGGGAGUGAGCGCUUUGACUCAUAUGCCAAGCGGGCUGGGACAGUUGACUAAUCUUCAAACAUUAUCAUAUUUUGUGUUGAGUAAAGGCCCUAGAGGGACAAGCUUGAGGCAUGGUUGUGGUGAUCAGGUUGCUGAGCUAAAGGAAUUAAUGCCGUUAAAUAGCUUGAGAAAUCUCUGCAUUUUAAACUUGAGACACAGAAUAACAGAUGGUACGGCAGCAAAUUUGAAGGAAAAACAGUAUCUUCAAUCCUUGAUGUUAUCUUGGUUUUCUUCAGAUGAUAGAAAAUAUCUCGAAGCCGCCAUGGAAAGUACUAGCAGUGACGAGUAUGAAAUGACAUUGGAGAGCUUCGAGCCACUCCCAAAUCUAAAAAGCUUGAGUUUAGAUGGUUAUGGGGGUGUGAGGUUGUCAAGUUGGGUUCCCUCUCUUAAACAGCUUGUAAGCUUUUCUUUAUCAAACUGUAUCAAAUGCCAAACUCUGCCACCAUUGGAUAAGUUCCCUUCUCUCAAGAAACUUAAUUUGCAUAAGAUGCCUCUUAUAGAAUAUAUUUCAGGUGACUUCUUCACUCCAUCAAAAGCAACAUCAUUGAUGCCAUCCUUGGAAACUCUAUUGCUUCGUGAUUUGCCAAAUCUUAAAGGAUAUUGGAGGGAUACUGUGACAGAUGGCACAUCUGAAAAUACAACAAUGCCAUCAUCAUCCAUGAUAAUUUACUUUCCUUGUCUUUCUAUUUCAAGAAUCGAGGGUUGCCCCCAACUGAAGUUCUUGCCCUUCUUCCCAGCUAUAUCGAAGGCUUAA